AUGGCUAUGGGUCCUCCCAGAAUAUUUAGCACUGAGAUCUCGCUACCCAAUAUGAGAGGAGUGAUUGGUGCGUUCCCCACUUUGGGUGUAUCUAUUGGAAUCAGUAUACAGGCCUUCCUCGGUCAAUACUUUAAAUGGAAAACUCUUUGUUACUGCUGCUGUGCUUUCACACUUAUAAACUUCUUAUUAAAUAACUUUUUACCUGAAACACCUUACUACGUACUCAAGACUAAAACUCCAGAAGAGGCUCGGAAAUGUCUCCAAAAGUAUAGGGCUAAGGAUUAUGAUAUUGACAAAGAAAUGGCCCAACUCAUAGAUUUUAAGGAGGACAACGACAUUCGUAAGUAG